AUGUCAGGCAUGGAAGAAAAGCCAGACGAAAAGGCCGAGAAGACGGUCCUCGACGCCGCGAAUGGCACCGAGUACAUUGGCAGACGUCCAUCGUCGAGUGGAACGCAAACACAAUCCCUCCCACCUCCCGCACUACCGCAGCUCGUGGCCGAACAAGCGAACCCGAUACCGUCGAGCGACAAGGACACGAAGAGGUUGAUUGUGGUGCUCUCGAAUGCGAGUCUCGAGACGUACAAGGCAUCGCACGGCGGGACAGCACGCAAUGGCAAGCCGGAGAACGCCAAGUACUCUCUACUCAACAGCGACGAGCAUAUAGGGGUCAUGCGCAAGAUGAACAGGGAUAUCAGCGAUGCCCGACCGGACAUCACCCACCAGUGUCUCCUCACCCUCCUCGACUCGCCCGUCAACAAGGCCGGCAAACUCCAGAUCUACAUCCACACUGCCAAGGGUGUUCUCAUCGAGGUCAGCCCCACCGUACGCAUCCCACGUACCUUCAAGCGCUUCGCAGGUCUCAUGGUGCAACUUCUGCAUAAUCUCUCUAUCCGCUCCACCACUUCACCCGAGAAGCUCCUCAAAGUCAUUCGCAAUCCAAUAACGGACCACUUGCCGCCUAACUGUCGCAAGGUCACACUCUCCUUCGACGCCGAGGUUGUGCGUGUCAGGGACUACAUUCAGGAUCUUGGUCCCAAGGAGAGUGUUUGUGUCUUUGUUGGUGCCAUGGCCAAGGGAGCUGAUACUUUCGCCGAUCAGUUCAAGGACGACUCGAUCAGUAUCAGUAACUACAGCUUAUCUGCCAGUGUGGCAUGCAGCAAGUUCUGUCAUGCUGCUGAGGAUGUUUGGGACAUCAUUUAG